AAACACAGGGCUUGAACUGGGAUAGUGUGACAGGUGUGCAACCGAGUGCAGUACGUGAACGUGUACGGAUCCACAUCUCGAAUAUCGCGUCCAAAAGUGACCCAACCGGUGGGAGAUCGAUCGUGCAGCAAGUGUAGCGUUUAGUUUUGCAAACGUUUGCAAACACCGUAGGUAAACUAAAAGCAGGCUUCUCCAACUCCCAAAACAAGUCAUCAUGAGCGCUCGCCGAGGACUUCGCACUCGCGUCUACGAUGCCAACAUGAGCAUGGUCGAAAACAACUACCGUGCCGCUCUGGAUCGUCUCGAGAAGAGCCGCCGUGCGCCGUCACUCGAUCGCGAGGCACGUCCACGUGCUUCGCCUUUCGCGGCUCGGACUCGGUACGACUUCAACGGAGCGGAACUGGACGAUGAGCUGCAAGUCGCUCGUAGCCGUGCCGCCAAGGUGAUCCACGAGAAGUCAACCAUCGACCACAGGGCGGAGCAGUUCCGUAGUUCGAGUCUUGCUCCGGCUCCGGUCAGCUCGGCGCUCGCACUUGAGAGCGAGUUCGACGAUCAGGUCCAGGCCACGCUCGAUCGGAUCCGGGCCAGCAAGAGCCUGCUCAGUCAGCUGCAGUCGGACGACGCGCUGGAAUCGUACCGCACCGAGGCCCGCUCGAAGCUGAGCGAACAGACGGCCCGCAAACUGGCGGACAAACUGGCCAUGGUUCACAGCGACGAGGACGAACAGUUCGCCUCGACCGGCAUGACCGCGCGCAAGGCGCUCAAGGUUCGGGCCAGCACCGAGACGUCGUCGCAGAUGAAGAGCUCCCAGGCGCUUAAGUGGAAGGACGAAACGGCCGAAACGUUCGCGUGCAAGCGAGCGAGCGCGACAAAGGCGCGCCUGCAGGACAUUGAUCAGGAGAUUGAAGAGUUCGAGUUGAAGCAGGCGGCUCGAGCCAGGCGCAACGCCCAGCUGAAACAGCUGCUGGCCGAAACGGCGGCUCAGGACCUGGUGCCGGCCAGCCUCACGGAGCACGGCGAUGGCAUGAAGGUCACGACGGGCGUCGUCAAGGUGACGACCAAGCAGAAGAAGAUGGUUAGCUUUUGAGCAAGUGAAGGAUGCCGGAGGAUGUGAAAGACAGCCGUAGAGAGAGAGAGAGAGAGAGAGAGAGAGAGAGAGAACAAGAGAAGAAGAAGUGUAAGAGAAGGUCCCUACGGGGAGCACGUGUGUUGCGUUUCGUUUAAUUUUACUUUACAUACGUCUCUCGUGUAAUAAUUCUCGUGUAAUACGUACAGGUGUAGGCACUACUAGCUGGUAAGGUUCUAGGUUUCUAUCAAACCGAGUCCCGCCGCCGGGCGGGCAAAGUCUCUAUAGUGUAAAAGGAAAACAAGAGCAAGGAACGAGGAACCACGCGCCAUAGAUUGUCCUUCUUUAAAGACAAUCCAUUGCAGUGGCGUCAAACCGUGGGUCGACCAUUUGCGUAGUCCCACACGCGCAUUGGGGCGUGUAUUUCGUUUUCUUUUUGUUAGCCCCCCGUAUCGUCUCAAAAAAUCUUCCUGCACGGUGAAUGCAUACAGGCACCAAGUAAGCUAAGGUUUUACCGACGUGAAA